AUUUUUCCCAAGAAAAUGCAGCCACGGAGCAGUGACCUGAGUCGUGUCGGAUGCCUAUUCAUAGCUGACGGCAAUUGGCACCGCUCCUGGAUCUCAGGCUACGUACCGCCGUGACAUGGUACGGCAAGCUUCCUACCAUUCAAUGAACAUGAACGUCAGCCGGGACCCAAUACUGUGGCAGAAUUUACUGCUUGGGUAGUGAUGCAAUAAUGGCACUGGUAUCUUGACAAAAGAGUACUUAUACAGUGGUAGGUGCUCAUUCUAAUUUCUCUCAGGCUCCGGCUUGGUUGCGCGUUGAUCUCGCUUGACGUUAGUCAUCUGUUUCAAGCUAUGGUAUAUUGAAGAAAAGUUAUAAGCUAUUCGAGUGAAGGACCCUUUUUGCAUUCUUCCCAGUAGUACUUUGUAUAUUGACUUCCAAAAUCAUGUCGACAGCGCAGACCGGGCAAUCUACUACCCUUCCAGCUUUCGACAAUACCUUGGGGGCUCUCUAUAUCGGGUCUAGUCUCGCUACAGCUCUGUACGGGGCCAUUUGCAUCCAGACAUUUUUAUACGUCACUUCCAACCGAACUCGAUUUGACAGCUGGCCGAUGAAGUUGCUUGUCUUCAUUCUUUUCUGUAGUGGACUAGAUACAGCACACCAGUUCCUGAUGUUAGCAGGGAUGUAUCACUUUCUGAUUACUGACUAUGCCAAUCCGGUUGCGCUUCCAACAGGAGGAUCGACUAGCAGUGAAGCGCCGGUUAUAUACGACAAAGGAAUUGUUGGAAUUAGCACCAUUCUUCUAGUACAGCUGUUUUUCUGAUGGCGUAUAUGGACUUUCAGCGCCUCUUCCCCCGCAUCUACAUAUGCGAAUUGCUUAUAUCGUUAUUGCGGUCUCGUUGGCGUUCCUUAACUUUGGUCAGUGGGACGAGGCUGCCGUUUCCUCAGGCUUAUGGGCUUCACGUUUCAAUUUGAAUAGCCUCAACAUCGCUCUAUCUAUCUUUAACUACAGGCACCGCUUUUUAACUGC